AUGGAAGCGGCGACGAUGGUUCCAGCGGCCUCCUCCAGCGCCUUGGUGCCGGCCGCUACGGCGGGCACCGCCCUAGGGACAGUGAAGGAGGCGACUUCGCCGGCCGCUAAGCGCCCUAAGAAGAUCCUGGAUGAGGAGGCCUACAUCGAGAGCUUAGAGAAGAUAAUUCAGCGAGACUUCUUUCCUGAUGUGGAGAAGCUGCGAGCACAGAAGGAAUAUCUGGAGGCUGAGGAAAAUGGUGACUUGGAGAAAAUGAGACAAAUUGCUAUCAAGUUUGGCUCCUCCUUGGACAGGUCAUCAAGGGACACACCUGCACCCUAUGUUACUCCAGCCACAUUUGAAACCCCAGAAGUACAUCCAGGUGGUCUUCCUCUGGGGAAUAAAUCCAAAGCUGGAAUUAAAGCUGCAGAGGAAGGAGAAGCAGAAAAAGAAGAUAAGGAUGCACUUCCCAGCCUGGACAGCUUCUUGGCAAAACACACUAGUGAAGAUAAUGCUUCCUUUGAGCAGAUCAUGGAAGUGGCCAAGGAGAAGGAGAAGGUCAAGCAUGCCUGGCUGUACAGUGCAGAGGAGGAAUACACCCAGCGACAAAAUGAGAACCUGGCACUUCCUUCAGCAGAGCAGCAGGCUCUGGAGAGUGUGAAAGCUGGGCUGGACACCUGGCAAUACACAGCUCGGAACACCCUCAUGUACUACCCAACAGGGGUGCCUGAGGAGGCUGAAGUGUUCAAGAAGCCCAGGGAGGUGGUGCACCGGAACACUCGCUUUGUGAGGGACCCAUUCAGCCAGGCUCUGAGCAAGUCACAGCUCCAGCAGGCCGCAGCCCUCAACGCUCAGUACAAACAGGGCAAAGUUGGACCGGAUGGGAAAGAGCUGAUACCCCAAGAGUCCCCAAAAGUGAAUGGAUAUGGAUUUGUGGCUACCCCCUCUCCUGCCCCUGGUGUGAGUGAGUCUCCCUUCAUGACGUGGGGUGAAAUUGAGAGCACCCCUCUGCGGCUGGAAGGCUCAGAGACGCCCUACGUGGACAGGACACCAGGACCAGCCUUCAAGAUCCUGGAGCCUGGGCGCCGUGAGAGGCUGGGGCUCAAGAUGGCCAAUGAAGUGGCAGCUAAAAACAGAGCAAAGAAGCAGGAGGCUCUUCGGAAGGUGACAGAAAACUUGGCCAGCCUGACUCCCAAAGGACUCAGCCCAGCCAUGUCCCCAGCUUUGCAGAGACUGGUGAACAGGACUGCAAGUAAAUACACCGACAAGGCCCUGCGAGCCAGCUACACUCCUUCCCCUGCCCAUUCAGCAACUCCUGGCUACAAGACCCCAGCAAAUGGGCCCCACACCCCCACGGGCACCCCACACUCCAGGACAGUAUCACAGACACCAGCAGCUCAGGACACCACAUCAAUCACAGACAAUUUACUGCAGCUUCCGAAGAGAAGGAAGGUGUCGGAGUCCUUCUGAGCCAGCAGCAAGGCCUGAGCUGCCUGCAGGCUGUCUGCUGGGAGCCCUCUGCCAGGGGUGGUGUCUGGAGCCAGCAGUUACAGGACAUGGGACCAGUACUACUCUGGACUAUGUAGCUAAAAUAGCCAGGGGAGUGCUCCUUGGUGAGCAGAGUGCCUCCUGCUGUGGUCUGACUUCCCUCUGAGCUGCAUGGGUGGGGUGCACAGGACUGCUGCAUCUUCCUGCAGUGGCAGAGGAGCUUCUGAGCUCUGGGGGAGCAGGGGUGGUUUUGUAAGGGUCAGCUUCUCUGUGUAAGGUGGCCAUGCACUUCAGUAGGUUUCUGGACAGGUACAGCUAUUUAUCAA